CUCCCGACUCGCUGCUGCCCCGGGUGCCGGCGGCGCAUGUGCCUGGCGCCCCCUCCCCGGCCCUGGAUUCCACUCCCCCUCCGCUCGCGCUGCAGCCGCAGCCGCCUCCAGGCCCCGCGCCGCCUCCGGAGUCCAAUGGCCGGGACGCGCUGGGUGCUCGGGGCGCUGCUCCGGGGCUGCGGCUGCAACUGCAGCAGCUGCCGGCGCACCGGCGCCGCCUGCCUGCCUUUUUACUCCGCCGCCGGCUCCUCUGAAAGUUUGAUUUCUGGUUUUGAUUUUACUCCCAUACUUUCAGACUGCAGAAUCCGCAAUGGUGAGAAUGGAAUACACUUCCUCUUAAAUAGAGAUGGGAAACGAAGGGGUGAUGCCUUAAUUGAAAUGGAGUCAGAGCAGGAUGUUCAAAAAGCCUUAGAAAAGCAUCGCAUGUACAUGGGACAACGAUAUGUGGAAGUGUAUGAGAUAAACAAUGAAGAUGUGGAUGCCUUAAUGAAGAGCCUGCAGGUCAAAUCUUCACCUGUGGUAAAUGAUGGCGUGGUUCGUUUGAGAGGACUUCCUUACAGUUGCAAUGAGAAAGACAUUGUAGACUUCUUUGCAGGACUGAAUAUAGUAGACAUCACUUUUGUCAUGGACUACAGAGGGAGAAGAAAAACAGGAGAAGCCUAUGUGCAGUUUGAAGAACCAGAAAUGGCCAACCAAGCCCUAUUGAAACAUAGGGAAGAAAUUGGUAACCGGUAUAUAGAGAUAUUUCCAAGCAGAAGGAAUGAAGUCCGAACACAUGUUGGUUCUCAUAAGGGAAAGAAAAUGUCAUCUUCUCCUACUGCUAAGUAUAUAACUGAGCCAGAAAUGGUCUUUGAAGAACACGAAGUAAAUGAGGAUAUUCGAUCCAUGACAGCUUUUGAAAGUGAGAAGGAAAUAGAAUUGCCUAAGGAGAUGUCAGAAAAGCUUCCAGAGGCUGUUGAUUUUGGAACUACAUCUUCACUACAUUUUGUCCACAUGAGAGGAUUGCCUUUCCAAGCUAAUGCCCAAGACAUUAUAAACUUCUUUGCGCCGCUGAAGCCUGUUAGAAUCACCAUGGAAUACAGUUCUAAUGGGAAGGCCACUGGAGAAGCUGACGUGCACUUCGAUACCCAUGAGGACGCUGUUGCGGCUAUGCUCAAGGACCGGUCCCAUGUUCACCAUAGGUAUAUUGAAUUGUUCCUGAAUUCGUGUCCAAAGGGAAAAUAAGACUUCUUAGGGACUCCAGAUAAUAAGGACGAAGCAAGAAGCAUUUCAUUUGCACAUCUUUCUUGGACAUGGAAUAUAAAGUUCCAGUUUUGUAGCAGCAAUUGCUAGAGAAAGAAUUUGGGGGUUUUGGGUUAAUUGCUUAUAAGACAAAUUACAUAGUGGACUGUUCAGAAAGGAAAAGGAAAGAUUCAGUUUGGAAUUAUGAAAUAAACCACAAAUUUAAAUUUUUGUUUAAUCUGUUCAAGAUCUGAUUUAAAAAUCUGGUUUUUAUUAUAUAUGUUUAAACAGUUUGUUUUCAUAGGAGAUGUGUUACCCAAUGAAAAGACUACAUCUUUUUAUUCAGCACUGUCCUUGAAAAUCUUUCUCCCGUUUUACAAAUGAUCUGUUGGAGAUUUUGUCUUUUUGCCUAUGAAUUAAGGCUCUGAUAUAAAACUUCUGUGGAGUGAAGUACUGACUUAUUUUAACCAAAUACUCACCAAAGCAAGGAAAGGUUUCAGACCUUUGCAUCAUUAAGGUUUGGCAGAGUGGUUUUAAUUUUAGGUGUAUUAGAUUACUUAGGUAGGGGUAAAAAUUAAAAAAAGGAAAACAAAAAAUAUAAGUACCACAGGUUAGUGCGUAUAAAUGACAACAGUUUGGCAGUUUUAUGUCUUUAGAAAUGUUUUGCCUUUCUAAGCCUUGUGCAAAAGGCAUUUGACUUUUGUGCCUGUAUCCUUAAGGAGAAAAUUGUAGUCUCAACCUAAAAGUUCUCUGAACACUCCCCAACUUUUUUCGAUUGUGGGUAAACCUUGAGGGUGUUUGUUAGUCUCAAAACUGUGAAGUGACAUGUCAAAACAGUCCUGACUGGUAAGGACAUUAAUGGCUUCACUUGAAUUUAAACCAGCUCCUGAGAGGAAAAAAAAAAAAAAAAUCUGUCUCCUCAUUUGCUUUCUCAGUGGGAUAGCACAUCCUAUAUUUUAGAACAAGUAGGGGUGCCUUGCUUAAAUAAAAAUAGCAUUUACUGUAUAACUGUGUGAAGGGUUUAUGGAUAAAGCUGUACUUCUGUCACAUUGUGACAGUACCUUCUGCUUUAAUAUUAAACAGCUUGUUAUUUAAAUAUUGGAUCAAAAUGGCUGGCUUCAAAAUGUAGUCCUUAAUAAACUAACUUUAUGUGCACCUGUGUA